GGGCACUGCCCCGGGGCUGCUGUGCCAGCGGUGGGAUCAUGCCGUACCUCCUCAUCAGCACACAGAUCCGCAUGGAGGUUGGCCCCACCAUGGUGGGAGAUGAGCACUCGGAUCCCAACCUGAUGCAGUUCCUGGGGGCCACAAAGAGGAACAUGCUCGGGAACCACUUCUGGGAGUACUAUGUGAACGAUGCACCACGGAUAGUCCUGAACAAGCUGGAGAGCUGCGGUUACCGGGUGGUGAGCAUGACGGGUGUGGGCCAGACACUGGUGUGGUGCCUCCACAAGGAAUAGCAAAGAAGACUUCUGCAUUCCACCUCAGCAAGGCCCUGCUGGGGAUCAUCUCACACCAGACUGACAGCAAACUUUUCCCCUUGAGUAAUUCUUUUCUGUCCCAGACUCCAGGCACUCAGGCGUCAGGGGAGGAGCAUUGCAGAGGCAAGGCUUCAACUAAUGGAAACUCAGCAUCCCUGCCAUUUCCUAAGACCUGGGGGGAGGAAGGUAUGCCCAGUCCAGAUUAUAUCAUGCACAUAAAACAGAUGGCUCUAGCUCCACGUUCAUCUGAAUGGCAGUCUGGCAAAUACCAUCUUUCCGCAUUUUAAUAAUCUAUUUAGCAUGCAUUGGAAGGAGCUCAAAUCACAGCCUUGCCUGCCUGUUCCUCAGGGCUGUCUCAGGGGGUAUGUGCUGAACUGUGAGUCCAGAACAAGCCUCCUCCCAGAUCUAGGGGGGCAGGCAUGGGAGGUCAAGAAUGGAUAGUGCACUAUCUCAUCCCCAAAGUGAAAGCAGGAACUGCUUAAUCUACGCAGAGCUCUCUGAGAAUCUCUUCAUGCAGCAGCAAGGCCAGCUUCCCUCCCAAACGGAGCCAUGGUUAGCAGCAUCAGGCUUUCAGUCUCAAGUUCCAUUCAAACAUAACACAUUGGUUCCUGAAGUAGCCCUAGAUCAGCACAAACAGGUCUUGUAAACAUUUCAAUUAUGGGCUACAUAAAGUUAACAGGAGCAGUUGCAGUGCUGCAUUGUUUGGGACCGUGUAUCAAACCUGAUGUAAGGGUAACACCAAUAAAACAUUUCACUAAAGAGA